UCAAUUCUUAAAAAAAAAUUCAGUUUUAUCUAAAAAAUUCAUAUAUUUAUAUAUAUAAUUAUCAAAAAAUUUUCCAUUAAAAUUAACGUUAAAUAAUUUAACCUCUAAAUUUAAAAUCUAAGUACUGGUCAACUAAAAAGUGAUAAGAAAAUUCAAAAAAAUGUUUAAAGUGACAAAUAAAAUAAAACAAUUAAUGAAAAAUGAAUUAAUAUUUAAAUGUACAAAGAAAUUAUUAACCAGACAAUUACAUAUCAGUAAUUAUUUAAAUGAUCCUGUAAAAUUGUCAUAUGUUUCAUAUGAUACUUUUAAAUCAUCAAGUGAAUUAUCACCAGUAAUAAUAAUGCACGGUCUGUUUGGAUCAAAGAACAACUGGAAUUCGCUUGCAAAAUCAAUUAACCAGCAGACAAAAAGACAAGUGAUAACUGUCGAUGCUCGAAAUCACGGCGAGUCUCCGCAUUCAUCUGAAAUGAAUUACCCCGAGAUGGCUGGUGACGUUAAAAAAUUAAUAAACGAUUUAAAUUUUAAAAAAUCAAUUUGUGUCGGUCAUAGUAUGGGUGGUGCUGUCAUGAUGCUGACGGCAUUGAAUUAUCCAGAGCUCAUUGAAAAACUUAUCGUAGUUGACAUGUCACCAAUUAAAACUAGUCCUAGUCUUUACGAAAUGACUAAAAUAAUUGACGCGCUGCGGGCAAUUGAUUUUAAAAAUUACAAAACACUUUCUGAAGCUAGGAAAGGAACUGAUCAGAAACUUGCCGGGACUAUUGACUCGUUAUCACUGAGACAGUUUUUGAUUACCAAUAUUAUGGAAGUAACUCAGGGAGAAUACAAGUGGAGAGUUAAUUUGAAUGUAAUUGCUGAUAAUUUUGAUAAAAAUAUCGCGAGAUUUCCGGAACUGGUUCCUAGUUUGAAGAAUAAAGUCUUUGAUGGCAGGACUUUAUUUAUUGCUGGCGGGAACAGUGAUUAUGUCAAGCGAGAAGAUGAAGAUAAAAUAAGGAAACUGUUUCCGAAGGUUGAUAUUAAAUAUAUUGAAGGUGCUGGUCACUGGGUGCAGUCGGAAAAACCUGCGGAGUUUCUGCGUAUUGCUUGUGAUUUUAUUAAUAAUUGAGUUUAAAUAUCAAUUACAAUCUGUAAAUAAUUAAAUAAAUUGUUUAGUUUUAUUAAAAGUACAGGCAGAAUUUAUUUUAAAAUAAUUUUUUUAUUUAAACAGUAAAAAAAUUAUAUAACAGUA